AUGGUAAAGAAAAAUGGUCCAAAUGGAAGAUUAAGCCAUCAGAAGCCCUUAGGUAGUAAGAAUGUUAAUGUGGUUAGAAAUUUAAAAGGUGCUGGGAAACAAGAUAAUCAGAUCAAGUCAUCUAGAGUGAAAGUACAGAAGGCCACACAUUUGCACAAUGGAAGCUUGCUAGAGGAAACAUUAUUACAUCCAUUGACAGGUAAGCAAUCAGCUACCAAAAAUAUAGAUACGCAAUCGAAGAGAACCGACAAUGAGAUGAACAAACCUUUAGAAACAGAGUAUAAGAUGUCAGAUGAUGGAACAAAGACUUCAAUAGUAAAUAAACUAGCUUCUAAUCAUCCAAAUAGUGUCCAAAAAAUAGAAGACGACAGAUGGUUAUCAACACUAAGUGAAGAAAAUUUAUUGAGUUUACAAAGAGAAAUAUCGCAAUUGGAGGGGAUGCAGUUUAAUUGUGAUCAUGAGUUUUGCCAUAACUUAGACUCGACUUUGAAAAAAUCUGACUUAAAUAUAGGCAAUUUUAGAGUUUGGUUCCUAUUUGACUUGGAGAUGACAGCAGAUGGUCUUAUAAAUCUAAGAAAUGCAUGUUAUCAAAAGUUCAUCUAUAAUAAAGUUGAUAUUGCAUGGACUAAAUCAAAUAUUUUAAAAAAUACCAAUAGUAGUAAACAAUUACCGUGUAUUCAGUCAGAUAGUCUUGAGUUCUUUCCUCUAGAACAAAUUUCUUUGAGGAAUAUUGAAAUUGAUUUGAAAAACAAUUCAGAGGAUAAUAGGAAAAACUCUAAUCGAUUAACUGAUUUUUCAGUGAAUAUAGUAUCGAUGCUUGAGUCUGACGAGGAAGAAGAAGUCAAACAUAAUCAUAUGAUCAGAAACAAAAAAAUUGCACCUACAAUUUUAUCAAGCAGAAACAAAAAGAGAUAUUUGAUGCUGAAACUAUAA